GUCCACUCGUUUUCAGAGCCUGCUUUCAAUAGCCUGCCCAGACCUCAUGGCGCAGGCCAGAAACCACAGCCUGAUUUAUAUAUAGCUCAUGACUUCCCUCUCGAGUUUUCCAAUUUGACGGCGUCACUGCAAACUCAUUCUAAUGUCAAAAUUAUCAGACACGUGCAGUUCUACCUGCAAAGUCUUCCCCAAUGAAAUCCCCUCGUAUGGGGAUAUAGGAGGAAUUGGUGUAACUUUAGCCUUCGUACUCACAGCAUGGAUGGUAGUUGUUGUUCUCGUUGGAUACUAUCUCAAAGUCUUCGAUCCGAAAUUAGACCCUUUUCGGAGAGAGGGCACGCAGAAGUUGACCAAGUAUCCAAACUCGAUCGACUAUUCAGUUCACGAAAUACUACAGAGACUUCCUGGGCUUAAACAUGAUUCCAAGUCUGUUUCGUCGCGAUCCUCUAGACUUGGAACUGUGUUAAAUGCUUGUGUUCUCAUGUUCGCAGAUGUUCAGAUCUUCACAUCAUUGGCAAUUCUCAUCGGCGCGUAUGCAUCAAUGGGCUGCGAUAUAGUUGCUUAUCACUGGCAAUACAUGGUCUACCUGGCAUGGCUAGCUUCAGUAACUCACCUCGCCAGUCUCUCGUUUCUUCGCAACCAUCUCGCCAAUAACCCUGCAAAGCGCAUAUGGCGUUUAAUAGCCAUGUGUGGAAUCCAAGCCAUGUUAUCCGUGGCGGUGGGACUGUCGACGACCUUUGAUGGGGAUCAUUGGCUCAACUCCGAAGGUGGCCGGCCUGCUAUCUGCUAUUUUGAAGAGCGGAUAGAUACAAGCUCUAUUGCUUUUCAGUCAGCUAUCAAGUUUAUCGUUCUUCUCGUAUGGGGGCUCACUAUUCGUAUUGCGAAGACGUUUGAGGGAUUUGAAGGCGGGCUGCGUAGAACUGCAUCUCGUCUGUAUGAAGAGGGAAAGAAUUGGUACAGAGGAGUUUAUCUAGCAGGAAGAGAAUGGGACCCCAGAUUCGCUCAUGCGUCUCUGCCUCGUCGUGUCUGGAGACACUCUGUUGUUCCUCUCCUGGUUGGGUUCUACUCAGUCCUAAGUAUUCAGCUUGAUCUUUUCACGUCACUUCUCGCCGAGAUUACAACGCGCCUCAUCAAACUCCGAGUACCAGGCAAUCAAGACGACAGCAAAUGGACGUUUGGCCAGGUUCUCCCUAUCAUCCUUCUCAUUGCGCCUCUUGCCAUAGCAAUCGAAGCCUUCUACACGGUACCAACGAGAAACGAGCCGAUCAAUAACUGCCAGGAGAUUUCUGUGCAUAAUCCCGACGGCAUCAGAGACCUGAGCCAUAUCCACAGCUCAGCAUAUUGA